AGUCUAGUGCCCUAGACAAGGCACUCAGAGGAGGGAGGGCUGGGAUCCGGUUCCGGGCACAGUGCUGAGUCUCCCCUAUUUGCGGUGGUGGAGCAGUUCAGCCGGAGAACCCUGGAGUUUUCGAAGGGCGUGGGGAGAGCUGGAGGCUGGAACCCCCCAUCCCCGCUCUUAUUCCUUGGACCUCUCGGGCCCUCGACAGGUAGCUCGUAGUCACUGGGAUGACUACAGCGCUCGCGAAGGGCCAGCGUCCCAGAGGGUUCCCAGGUCUGGUUGGUGACGCAUGGGGCUUCCCCUGCUUCAUAGGCGAAGCAUGCCAGACCCUCCCCGGGGGGGCGGAGCUCCGAGCACCAGGGCCGACCCCUCUCCCGAGGCCGCUGAGUCCUCCUGUACCUGCCCAGCCCGGGAAGCGCCAUGAGACAGCUGAUAGCCAAGUUGAUGAGUAUCUUGGGGAACCGGGAACACGAGGUUAUCAUCGUGGGACUGGACAAUGCAGGAAAGACCACCAUUCUCUAUCGGUUCCUGACCAAUGAAGUGGUCCAUGCGUGUCCCACUGCCGGCAGCAAUGUGGAGGAGAUCAUUCCGCGGAAGACCCACUUCCUCAUGUGGGACCUAGCAGGGCAGGAGGCUCUGCACUCCACUGGGAUCACAUAUUACUCCAACACCGAGUUCAGCAUCUUUGUGAUUGAUAGCACGGACCGGAAUUGGCUGCUGAUUGCUCGGGAGGAGUUACGUAAAAUGCUGGCCCAUAAGGCUUCUGCGGGAUGCUUCUGUCCUGAUCUUUGCCAACAAGCAGGACGUGAAGGACUCCAUGAGCCUGGUGGAGAUCUCCCAGUUCCUUACUCUCAGCACCAUCAAAGAUCACUCGUGGCAUAUACGAGGCUGCUGUGCCCUCACUGGGGAAGGGCUGCAAGCCAGGCUCCAGUGGAUCUCAGGCCAUGGCUAACUGAUGUCCCAGCCUGAAGCCAACCAGAAACUUUGGGGUUUUGCAUGGCCCAUAUGGGUGGAAAACCAAGUGGCUAUUUAUCACUUUUCUAUGGUUCUCUGGUGGGAGCAGCGGCUGCUACGGACAGUGGGAUUGACACCAUCCUCUCAACUCAUUGCUGAGAAGCUGAACUGCAUACCCUGGAUUCCUGCAGACAGCACAGCAGAAUAAGCUGCCCCUCACGCCAUGGCCUCAGGCAUCCUUUUUGGAGACAUCAGGGAAAUGCCACUGCAGAAUUAGGAAGUGGAACCCUCUCCUCUCCUCAGCCCUCAGCGUCUCCAUAGGAAAAAUAUGUGUGUGUUAGGAGGCCGAUUAAGAGACCCCUGAGGCCAGGGGCAAUGGCUCAUGCCUGUAAUCCCAGCACUUUGGGAGGCUGAGGUAG